AUGGUGUGGAUUUUAUUUUUUUUCAUUUUCGGAUUAGUUUUGUCAGAACAACGAAAAGACCUUCGAGAAGUACUGGCUCGUUCCGACUUUCUCAUAUCUUCUACUGACAAGUUUUUGGAACAAGCAACAAAUUCAAUUCUUAAAACGCAAAAAGCAUCUCAAAAAUACAUGCCGAAGCAAGCGAAAAAAGAUGAGAUUCCCCGACCAAUCAAUUUAAACAUCCCAAAACGUGGUCCACUCAAAACUAAAAAUUCAAACACUAUAAAAUUAACUUUAACAAAACCAAAAGUUGCCAACAACACCUCACUCGUUCCAUCACCAACUCAUCUCAAAAUCCCUGUGAUAUCAGAUUUUCCUUAUUUUUCCCCGGUACUUAGUGUCGGAAAUUUUCACAACCGAACCGAGCAUUGUGACAAACACACAAACAUGGUGGAAACUGAAUUCAAAAUCAGACUUCCCCCAAAACGAAUGUUACGUGUAUCCACGUGUAACUCCGACACAACGGUUCAAACUGUGAUUUCAGUGACGCUAAAUAAGGAAUGCCUCAAAGUGAUUAAAAGAGAUUGCAGGCGGUGGAUUGGGAAUAUAGUUGAGUUUUUGCCGAAUACAGAUAAGAGUCUUUUGUUGUCUGUGAAAGUCUCAACCGCUGCAUCACACCAAACGAAUGAGAAAGCAAAAAUCCGAACAACGAUUUACACGUUGCCUAUCACUAAAGGAAACAAAGAGAAACUCAAGAAUGGGAAUAUCAUUGCAAGUAGUCAAAUCAAAAAUGAGAGGAUUCAUGAUUCGAACAAUCUUGAGAUUGUUCAAACCAACAAACAAUCACCCCGCUCUCAAUUUUCAAAUAACAAAUUUUCCGAAGGAAUUGAACGAAUGGGGGGAUGGUUUAAAGUUGUCAUAUCUUUAAUUGUCUCUCUUGUUAUAGUGAGUGUUGGUGUUAUAGUUCUUGGGUCAUAUAGACAAUCACAAAUACCUGCACAAUAUUCUCCUUUUUAA